CCCAGCCCCUCCCCCUGCCGCCAUUGAAUGCCCUCGGUCAAGGAAGCGCAGCCAUGAAAGGCUUGUCGGGCAGCCGGAGCCACCACCACCACAUGGUCGCCUGCGCGCCCUCCUAUGAGUCGCUGGCUCACCACAAUGACCGCAAGCCCUUCCUGCUGACCCAGCCAGAGCCCCUGCCGGGGGACCACCCAUACUAUAGCCAGCGGGCUGCCUUCCCACAGGAGUGCCCUGCUCCGUACGGCACCUUCCCGCGCCGCUAUGGAUCCCACCUAGAACUUAAGGAAGAAUGUCAGGCCCUGGUUCCGUACGUGGCGCCGGCUCCACCAACCCCGACUAGCCGAGCCCCCUGCAGCCUCCUGGACCAGCUGCCCUCCGGGCGAGACGGCUACCACACGCUGCAGUAUAAGCGGGCGGUGGCCGCCGCAGCCGAGCAGCGCGGAGACAGCCCCGGCCGCAUUCGUCACCUGGUGCAUUCGGUGCAAAAGCUGUUCACCAAGUCGCAUUCCCUGGAGGGGCCCACCAAGGGGGGUGUGAACGGCAACAAAGCGGGCCCUGACGAAGUGCCCCCCACCCGCCACCGCAAGCGGAGCAAGAGCCGGGACCGCUGCAAGUCGGCCGAGCCCAAGCUGCGGCCCCACGCCUCCGGCUACUGGAGCUCCGACGACAACCUUGACCGCGACGCCUGCCUCUUCCGCAGCCCCAUGGGCGCCAUGACGGUGGGCCGGCGACCCGACAAGUCGCAGUCGCAGUAUUUCCUGGAGGCGUACAACACUGUCAGCGAGCGCGCGCUCAAGCCGCCGCGCCCCAACAACGACGUCAAGUGCACAGCCUGCUCCAGCGCACCCGUGAACCUGGACACCCAGCUCGUGAAGAAGAGCUCGUGGUCGUCCACGCUAACGGUGAGCAGGGCGCGCCAGGUCUACCAGAAGGUCCCCAUAAACGUAGAUAACGCAUUAAUGAGGUCUGAGCCCUGUGGCCAGGAGAGUUCGUGCCACUUCCUGCAGGUGCCCCAGGAUGAGUGGAGUGGCUUCCCGUCACUUGGCAAGGAUGACGACAUCCCGUGCCGGCGAAUGCGCAGCGGCAGCUAUGUGAAGGCCAUGGCAGACGACGACAGUGGUGAUUCGGAGGGCAGUCCGCAGCCCUCGCCCAAGGUGCAGGCGCGCCGGGCCAGCUACCUCAAGGCCACACAGCCAUCGCUCACCGAGAUGACCACUCUCAACAUCUCCACGGAGCACUCCCCCAAGCUCCAGAUCCGGAGCCACAGCUACUUGCAGGCGGUGAGUCAGGUAUCCAUUAACAGGAGCAUGGACACCCUGGACCCUGGCAAAGCACUGCUGGACCCCAAGAGCCUGCUGUCCUCACCCCAGUACCGCUCACGGAACGAGAGCUACAUGAGGGCCAUGAGCACAAUCAGCCAGGUGAGCGAGGUGGAGGUGAACGGACAGUUCGAGUCGGUGUGCGAGUCCGUGUUCAGCGAGCUGGAGUCGCAGGCGGUGGACGCGCUGGACCUGCCGCUGCCAGGCUGUUUCCGCAUGCGUAGUCACAGCUAUGUGCGAGCCAUCGACCAAGGCUGCUCGCAGGAUGAUGACUACCCCCUGCUGCAGACUGCCUCACCACCCCGCACAGCUACCACUGUCAGGACCAUCCAGAGCAGCACAGGUGGUCAUAAACAAGCGAUGGAGGUGGGUGUAGGAGUGUCGUCAUGCAUCACGACCUACAAGAAGGCCCCGCCCCCCGUGCCGCCACGCACCGCCACCAAGCCCUUCAUCUCCAUCACGGCGCAGAGCAGCACCGAGUCGGCGCAGGACGCGCACCUGGACGGGCCCGGUGUGCGCGGGGAGGCCACCAUCCAAUCCGGCCUCAGCAACUCCACCGAGAGCAUCGACAGCAUGAAGGCGCUGACGGCGGCCAUCGAGGCGGCCAACGCGCAGGUGCACGGCCCCGCCAGCCAGCACGUCAGCAGCAGCACCAUCGUCACCAUGACCGCCGUCAACGCCGCCUUCGGGCAGACGCCCGAGGACAGGAGGGAGGCCCUCCGCAAGAGCAAGUGCCUCUCCAUCGGCAUCCAGGUGGACGGUCCUGACGACAUGGAGGACUUGGACGACCACAAGUUCCAGUCAGUGGGCAUCCAGGUGGAGGAUGAGAGAUGCAGUUACCGGCGGCUGGCUCGUUCCAACAGCGUGACUGCGGCGGUCCAGGCGGACCUGGACACCAGCGAGGCAUCGGACGGCGCUGCGGACUCCCCGAUCCCGGAGCCGCCCUUGUCCGCCGGCCUCUCGCGGCAAUACUCACGGGAAGCCACGACCUCAACGGUCAGCAUCCAGGGCUCGGGGAACCAUUACCAUGCGUGUGCGACAGAUGACGAAUACGUGCACGUGGGCUUCGAUCCGUCCAUCCUGCCACCACCCGACCCCUGGAUCGACAGCGUGACCGAAGACCCCAUGGAGAGCGUGCAGAGGGCUGCCUGGACCGUGCAGCGUGACGGCCGCUGGUUCCUCAAGCUGCUCCAGGCCGAAACUGACCGCAUGGAGGGCUGGUGCCGGCAGAUGGAACAGGAGGAGCAGGAGAAUGACCUGCCUGAUGACAUUCUGGGGAAGAUCCGGAGUGCAGUGGGCAGCGCCCAGCUGCUCAUGUCUCAGAAGUUCCAGCAAUUCCAGGAGCUGUGUGAGGAGAAUCUGAACCCAAACACCCAUCCGCGGCCCAUGUCGCAAGACCUGGCCGGGUUCUGGGACAUGCUGCAGCUGUCGAUCGAGAACAUCAGCCUCAAGUUCGACGAGCUGCACCAGCUGAAGGCCAACAGCUGGAGGCCUCUGGAGCGUCCGGAGAGGAAGGAGAGGAGGGUCCCCCCUCCCGUGCCAAAGAAGCCCCCGAAGGCCCACCCCCCUCUGGCACGCGACAGGUCCCUGGAGAGCUCUGAGCGGCAGCGCCUGGAGGCUCGCAAACGCCUCUUGGCCGCUAAACGGGCUGCCUCAGUGCGGCAGAACUCAGCCACCGAGAGCGCGGACAGCAUCGAGAUCUACAUCCCCGAGGCCCAGACCCGGCUAUGAGCGCUACCGCCGCCGAGCCACUGCAGGGAACAGAACACACACACUCACAUGCGCCCGCGGCAGAGAAAUCACGUUCAUAUCCAGAGAAAGUGUCUCCACACACCUCUGUUUCCCUUCACUAAAUGCACACGUCUUUGGACCGGAGGUUUAAAUCAGGGUAAGGCACUUUUUCUUCAUAGGAUCCUCAUAGCCGCACAUCCGCAAACACGCAUCUCGCCCAGAGAGGGCUGAGGGCUAGAUGCAUGCAUUAACGGCCUGUCGGAGCGACGAGGGACGUGAUGGUGACACCUGCCACCCGUCCUGCUUUCUCUCCGCGCGGCUGUGGCGCAAAUGUUCUCAAUGGGUGAGUUGUUCGUAUCCCUGCCUCUUUAGCAGAGCCUGUCACCUUCGGCACACUCACGUAGCCACACGAAAAGUACACCACAGCUAGCGCGUACAAAGACGAAGCCACCCCCAACCUGAAGACAGGCCGCAGAUCGUGUGCACGUGUGUGUGCGCAGAAGGCUGCUAAACCUCCUGGAAUUGGCCCUGGGAUGCAUGGGAAGAGGACUGUGUUCUGUGGGCUCCCAAGGACCGACCGGAGAGCCCGGUUCCAGAGGUCCACCAGAACUACCCAGCAAGUGAAGCCGUCACCAUGGCUACCCUCAGUGGGCAAGAACAGGCAGCUGGCUCCCAGAGGCUUGG